AUGGAGAAUAAAAAUAAUACAAACACAACUCCUUCAUUGGUAGGUGUUUCAGUUCGUAGCAUUAACGAUAGAAAUAAUCCUGAUUUCCAGGAUGAACAAGAACCUCAUGUUCCUGCUUUAACUUCUUCAACUUCUCAAGCUUUGCUACAUAAGAUCCAGCAUCACGUUAACCACUCUUUCGAAGGAGACCCUACUUAUACAAGUGUUGCAGAAUUGAACCGUGAAGGCGCUUUAUUAACUGAUGAAGUCGAUAUGGAUACCGUGGUUAAUGUAACCUCUGAGCUAACAAUCGAUGGUGAAGAAGAUGAUAAUGCAAGACAGAAGAGACUUUUAAUGUUGAAGAAAAAAAAGAAGAAUUUGUUAUCAACUAAUAAUGGUUCUACAGGUGGUAGCUCUUUAGUUUCUUCUCCAUCCCCAGUAGGUUCAAAUUCUUUGGUAACAUCCACUGAUCCAAUCGAUGAUCAAAUUAGUUUGAUGUCUUCUUCAAAUGAAGAAAGCUCAAAACAAUCCCCAGAUGACGAAGACCAAGAUGCUUCAAUUAGAAAUUCCUAUGGUGAAAUCAUUAAAAAUGAUUGUAAUAGACCCCAUUUGGCAAGGGGAGACUCUUAUCAAAGUAUCUCAAAGGCAACUGACGAAAAUGAACCUGUUCCAACUGAACGUCAUGGAAGAUCAUUCCAAAGAACUGCAUCUACCGAAUAUUUAAGAUCCCUAUCAAGAUCUUUGAGUCGUGAUCCAACAAAGAAACCUUCCAAUGAUCAAAAUGCAGAAUCUGCUUCUGAUGUAAGAAUGUAUAGUACUAAUAACUAUUCUAUUUCUCAAGCCGACUUACAAAAUGCUCCUCAUAUUAUCCAGCAACCUUUGCUUGAAGAAGAAGAGGAAGACGACGAUUCAUCAGCUUCAAUGAAACCAAGGAGUUUUAAAAGUAAUGCGAGGCAUCACCGAACUAGAUAA